AUGAGAUUGUAUUCGACAAGGUCGAUGGAGUUGCAGACGAUGGAAAGAUCGUUCUCCGUGGUUGAACUGCGUUCCGUGAAGGGAAAGACAUUGCCCUGUAGCGUGGACGUUUGUGGCAUCGUCAAAGACUACGACAAGUCCUUUGCCUUCACCUCCAAGGACGGGAAAGACCUGGUCAAAAGAACUUUGACCUUGGCGGACGACAGCGGCAUCAGCAUGCAAGUCACAAUAUGGGGCGAUCGUGCAAAAAAGGAAGACUCUGAGUUUGAGGGCAAUCCAGUCGUCGCCAUGAAAGGGGUAUCGGUGAAGGAAUGGCAAGGAGGUUUGAGUGGGUCGUUGAUGGAGGGCGGCUCGCUCGCCUUCAACCCUGACAUGCCCGAAGCGCACAAGGUGAAAAGUUGGUGGACUCAGGGUGGCCAUGCUCAGAGCCUUACGUUCAUUUCGCAGGCACGGCAUUUUGAGGCUGUAUGGCAUCCGGCUUCAGAUGAGCAUGCGCUUGUGAUUGCAUUGCAGACUAGCGGUGGUGGUGGAGCUCGAAUCGCCGGCAAGCUCAUGGAUGUGUUGGAGAUGAAGCAGAAAUCAGAGCAGCUCGUGAACGAGCAAGAGAUGUACUCUGCCUACUGCCGGCUUUCCUCGGUCCAGCUUCGCAAGAGGGACGAAAUCCAGCCGCUCUACUACAAUGCGUGUUUGGAGCCAAAGGAAGGCAACGGCCUGCCGUGUAAUCGGCGCGUCGACGAAGCGAAUUUCUGUGCUGUUUGCAACAAAACGGUCAAGGCUGCACCUCGUCUCAAUUUGCGCUGCCGAUUCGAAGAUGCAACCGGCAACUUCUGGGUCACAACUUUCCACCCGGCAGCCGAGAAGGUUCUUGGAAUGACGGCGCAAGAGGUUGCUGAUAUCGAGAAGAGCGAGGGCCGAGAGGUUGUGGAGGCCAAGCUGAAGAGCUGCUACUAUGCUCAGAUCUUGCAGGUGCAGUUGCGUGCUAAGCCGGACAACUACAACGGUGAGCAGCGGACAAACGUUUCCUGUCCGUCGGCUCAGCCGAUCAAUCGACGAGAGCAUGCUCGGUUCAUGCCACACACCAAGCUUUGCAGAAGGCAACUGCAGGAAGGUGAUGCAAAUGACAAGAUCUCACUGAUUGUGGUUUUGGCUUAA